AGGGCGGUUUCGUUAGACCGUUGUUUUGGAAGGAAAAUUUGAAUGAGCAUAGUUAUUAAGUAUAAUUAGGAAAGUCUGUACCGUACUGUGGAUGAUGUUCAUGAAGCUUUCUAAAUCCACAGAAUGCCAUCUACGAAUUCGGGAAAUGAGUUAUUAUUAAGAUUCUUUGAAUCCGCACACUUUACAAGUCAGCUAUGUGUAGCAUAUCUUUCACGGUAUCCCAAUAAUAUUGGUAUCCAUCAUUUUCUCUGUGAGAAACUUGCAUCAUUUUCGUAUGAGGAAAUUGAGUUUUUUAUCCCUCAGCUUAUUCAUCUUGUUCUUAAUAAGGAUGCAGAAAGCGUUGCAUUAGAGGAUUUCAUUAUACAUGAAUGCGAAAGAAACACGCAGUGUGCACUUAUAACAUUUUGGUACCUACAGGCUCAUAUGGUAGAUUUAAGUUUAUUACCACGUUCGACGUCUUUCAAAAUAUGCAAACGCCUAUACAAUCGUAUACAAGUUUUGGUUUUUAUGACAUCUUCCUUUCAAUCACAACAAAAGAUUUCAGAAAAUGUUUCACCGGCAUUGAUACUUUCUGGAAUCAUGCUUGGUGGAGUCCUUGUCCCUGAACUUCUAAAAAAAGUAGGGCCCAUAGCAAUAGCUCAAGGUCGCAAGGCACCACGGCAAGAUUCCGAAGAGUCAGAUACGGAUGUUUUACAUCGUUUAUCAGCCGAAAGUCGAUAUUCCUUUGAUAUCAUUCAAAACUCAAAAGCACCCUCUAUGGAUGGACAAAACUCUGGACAUCUUUUUCCUACAGUAUCUCCCCUAGCCCGUACUCAUUCGCAUCAAAGCUCUGGCGCUCUUUCCAUUGAUGAACAGCGUAGAUUGUUACGUUCUAAUUAUUUUCAGCAGGAGAUUCAGUUUUUAUUUGCUUUGCAAGAUAUCUCUAUCCGACUUAUUAUAGUUCCACGACAAGCCCGACUUUCAUCACUUCGAGCCGAGCUCGCUUUGCUCAACAAUAGUCUACCUGCCGACGUCAACAUUCCAAUCAUGCGGCCCUACUACAAUGAAGUCAGUCACAAAAUAGUCCGAAUUGACCCCAAAGAAGCCACGAUCCUUAAUUCUGCUGAACGUGUACCGUAUCUAAUUUAUGUUGAAGUACUGUCCGGCGAACUUAACUUUGAACCAAAUUCAAAAAGUAAUAUUGGUAAAGUUCAGAAACUUUCGUCACACAAAAAUGUCAAGCGACGAUGGUUUGAUUUGACAGACGUGAAUUCAACCUCGGCUUACCAUGAUAAUUUGAAUGCGGAGGGCUCCGAAUCUGAAAGUGAGGCUGGCGAUUUAAGCAUGUCACCGUUAGUUAAUAAGCUAAUCUCACCUAUUAAUUUUGCAAGUAAAUCUUCUUCCAAUAUCCAGGAUUCCUCUUCUCAGGCUUCUAUGAUACACAAAGGCACAGAUGUUUUGUUAGUACCCGGUCGACGCUCUGAUUCUGGAGAGCACUUUUCGACCAAGCGAAAUAAGGCUUAUGCUUCGGAAAUAACUACCAGAAUGAGGGCAGCUGCAACUAUGCUUAGCCAACUAGACAUUGAGGGUAGUAAGAGACCAAAAGCUGAGACGGAAAGAAUCAAAGCCAGUAUCAUAUUGGAUAUGCAACAUUUGGAAGAGGAAAGACUCAAUGAACCAUCGACAUAUCCAGUCUCGGUCGAUAUCUCCUGUGCUGAGGAUUUACAUUCAAAUAAGGAUGAUCAACACCAUGAUAGGAAAGGUGACAGGGACGAUCCGAGUGCUGCAACCUUCCAAGAAGAUUGGUAUAGCAAGAAAGAAAGGAUCCGUAAAUUUUCUCCGUAUGGACAUUUGCCCAACUGGGAUCUGGUUAGUGUUAUCGUUAAAACUGGUGCCGAUCUGCGUCAAGAAACGUUUGCAUGUCAAUUAAUUCAUGCGUUUCGUAGGGUUUGGCAAGAAAGCAAAGAUAAAGUUUGGCUUCGCAGAAUGAAAAUCUUGGUCACUGGUGAUAGCAGCGGUCUAAUUGAAACCAUCACAAAUGCAAUUAGCGUGCAUUCUAUAAAAAAGAACUUGACGCGAGAAAUGCAAGAAGCCGAAAUGAGCGAAGGAAAAGUUUCCGGUAAAGGGGUGGCUACUUUAAAAGACUAUUUUGUAAAGCGAUUUGGUCCUCCCAACAGUGACCGCUAUUAUCAAGCUCAAACAAAUUUUAUACAAUCAUUAGUCGCCUACAGCAUCAUAUCAUAUUUAUUACAGUUAAAGGACAGACACAACGGAAAUAUUUUGAUUGAUAGUGACGGUCACCUUGUACAUAUCGAUUUUGGGUUUUUAUUGACGAAUACGCCUGGUAACGUUGGGUUCGAGAGUGCACCAUUCAAAUUGACCGCCGAUUAUUUGGAAAUUUUGGAUAAUCGUUUUGAUGAAUUUCGUUCUUUGAUGAAGAAAGCAUUUAAGUCUGUACGUAAGCGUGCUGACCAAAUUAUACUAUUAGUAGAAGUCAUGCAGAAUAACUCUUCGAUGCCAUGUUUUCGAGGAAAGGAGAAUACUAGUGCACAGCUUUUACAACGAUUCCACUUGCAGCUUAGUGAAAAGGAAUGUGAUGAUUUUGUGGAUUUACUAAUUCAAAAAGCCAACUGCAGUGUAUGGACGAGACUUUAUGAUCUAUUUCAAAGCAUUACUAAUGGAAUAUUCUAAUAAAACCCUACAUUCUUUUCAUUUUGCAUUCGUUUCCUGCUUGUUGAAAAGCUCCUUACAAAAUUUUGUGAAGCGUUCAUAAAUGAAGGUUUCUUAAGAAAUUAAGAAAUAAAUAUGACUACACUGUGAUGAAUACUACGUACUUUGUGAGAUGUAUAAUAGACAUAUAGCUGCCUUGAAUAAAGUGAGAUCGGAAAUCUAGCAACUUCUUUUCUUACCGACCCCUCGCCUACUCUAAAACAUGCAAGCUACUCAUGAGAUUCAUAACUUACAUAGCCUUUUUCAAAAAAUCUCUUAGCAACAUUCUUUAAGUAAAAAUUAUUCUUUUUUUCUUUUUU